GGCCGGGCUGCGCGGGGUCGCGGCUGCGGAGGAGCCGGUCGGCGGCGGGCGGCAGCGCGUGUGUGCGGUCCCCUCGACGCUCGGUGCCCGGCGCGUGCUCGGGAGAGGCUCGGCCCGGGGCGAGCGCGCGGACGGACGGGCGGACGGACGGACUCGGAGGGGAGGUGGCAGCGGAGCCGGCCCCUGAGCGGCGGCACACGGCGGGAGCCGGGAAGCCCCAGGGUACCGCGGCGCCUCCGGGGCUCCGACACGGGGCGCGGCGGGCGGGCGAGCGGGCGAGCGUGCGGGCUCCUCCUCCGCGGCCACCCCGGCUGCCCCGCGUCCCCUCCGUCGUCGCCCGCACCUGCGCGUCGCAGUCGGUCCCGCCCUCGGCGGUGGCGGCUCACCUGGGCGCAGCGCGGGCCGGGCGCCGCCUCCGGGACGCAGGUGGAGCGGGCAGGGCGCGGGCACCAUGAGCAGCGGCGCCAACAUCACCUAUGCCAGCCGCAAGCGGCGCAAGCCGGUGCAGAAAACAGUAAAGCCCGUCCCCGCUGAAGGAAUCAAAUCCAAUCCUUCUAAGCGACACAGAGACCGACUGAACACAGAGUUGGACCGCCUGGCCAGCCUGCUGCCCUUCCCACAAGAUGUUAUUAAUAAGCUCGACAAACUCUCCGUCCUCCGGCUCAGUGUCAGCUACCUAAGGGCCAAGAGCUUCUUUGAUGUGGCGUUAAAAUCCUCCCCUGCCGACCGGAAUGGAGGCCAGGAUCAGUGCAGAGCAGAAGUCAGAGAUGGGCUGCUCCUGCAGGAAGGAGAGUUCUUACUACAGGCGCUGAAUGGCUUUGUCCUGGUUGUCACAGCAGACGCCUUGGUCUUCUACGCUUCCUCUACUAUCCAAGACUACCUGGGCUUCCAGCAAUCUGACGUCAUCCAUCAGAGUGUCUAUGAGCUCAUCCACACAGAAGACCGAGCCGAGUUCCAGCGCCAGCUGCACUGGGGUCUAAACCCCACACAGUGCACAGACUCCGCACAGGCAGCAGAUGAUGCUCAUGGCCUCCCACAGCCGCCUGCAGUCUACUUCAGCCCGGACCAGCUUCCUCCAGAGAACGCGUCUUUCCUGGAGCGGUGCUUCAUAUGCCGGCUGCGGUGUCUGCUGGACAAUUCGUCUGGCUUUCUGGCCAUGAAUUUCCAAGGGAGGCUUAAGUACCUGCACGGACAGAACAAGAAAGGAAAGGACGGGGCACUGCUCCCCCCUCAGCUGGCCUUGUUCGCAAUCGCCACCCCGCUUCAGCCACCGUCCAUCCUGGAAAUUCGAACCAAAAACUUCAUCUUCAGGACCAAACACAAACUAGACUUCACACCUAUUGGUUGUGAUGCCAAAGGGCAGCUCAUCCUGGGCUACACGGAGGUAGAGCUGUGCACCAGAGGCUCGGGCUAUCAGUUCGUCCACGCUGCCGACAUGCUCUACUGCGCAGAUUCCCACAUCCGCAUGAUUAAGACUGGAGAAAGCGGCAUGACAGUGUUCAGGCUUCUGGCAAAACACAGUCGAUGGCGGUGGGUCCAGUCUAAUGCACGCUUGAUUUAUAGAAAUGGAAGACCGGAUUAUAUCAUCGCAACUCAGAGACCGCUCACGGAUGAGGAAGGAAGAGAGCAUUUGCAGAAGAGGAACAUGACGCUGCCCUUCAUGUUUGCUACCGGCGAGGCCGUAUUGUACGAGAUCUCCAGCCCUUUCCCUCCCAUGAUGGACCCCUUACCAAUACGUACCAAAAGUAGCACUGAUGCGAAAGACUGGGCUCUGCAGUCAACCCUGAGUAAGGAUUCCCUCCACCCCAGCUCCCUUAUGAAUGCCAUGAUCCAACAGGAUGAGUCCAUCUAUCUCUGUCCUGCUUCGAGUACCCUCCCGCUAGACAGCCACUUUCUCAGCGACUCUACGAGCGAGUGCGGUGGCUGGCAAGACGGCAUCGCAGCCAUAGGAAGUGAGUCUGUGUUUAAACAUGAGCAGAUCGGACAUGCUCAGGACAUGAACCCCGCACUCUCUGGAGAACCCCCGGAUAUCUUUCCAGAUCAUAAAAACAACGACGACUUGUACAGCAUCAUGAGAAACCUAGGGAUCGACUUUGACGACAUCCGGCGCAUGCAGAGUGAUGAGUUCUUCAGGGCCGACCUCUCCAGUGAGGCUGACGUCAGAGACUUCGACAUAACAGACGAAAUCCUGACCUAUGUGCAAGAUUCUCUAAACAAGUCAACCUUGCUGAAUUCAGCUAGCCAGCAGCAGCCUGCGACUCAGCACCUAAGCUGUAUGCUGCAGGAGCGCCUGCAUCUAGAGCAGCAGCAGCUGCAGCAGCAGCAGCAGCAGCACCAAGCUCAGGCCAUGGAGCCCCAGCAUCAGCUGGAGCAGAUAGAGCCCCAGCAGCAGCUAUGUCACCAGCUGGGUCCCGUGGCACUCCCCCAGCAAGAGCUGGGUCAGAAAGCCAAGCACAUGCAAGUCAAUGGCAUGUUUGCAAGUUGGAACUCUGCCCCGCCUGUGCCUCUCAGCCGUCCUCAGCAGGAAUUAAAGCAUUAUAAUGUCUUUCCAGACUUGCCAGCGACUGUGGAUGAGUUCUGCUACAAACCUGAGGUGGACGGUAUGCCUUACACACAGAACUUUGCUCCCUGUAAUCAGACUCUGUUACCAUCGCAUUCCGACUGUGCACCCUUGGACUUUCCGGGGAAGGGUUUUGAACCGUCCCUGCACCCCACUACAACUAGUUUAGAGGAUUUUCUCACUUGUUUACAAGUUCCCGAAAACCAAAGGCCUGGGAUCAAUCCACAGUCAGCCAUGGUCACCCCUCAGGCGUACUACGCCGGGGCCAUGUCCAUGUACCAGUGCCAGCCUGGGACUCAGCACACCCCUGGGGACCAGAUGCAGUACAGCUCCGCAGUUCCAGGCUCCCAGGCAUUUAUAAACAAGUUUCAGAAUCAGGGAGUGUUAAAUGAGACCUACCCGUCCGAACUAAACAGCAUCGGUCACACCCAGCCCGCUCCUCAUCUUCAGCACCCAGCAGACUCCAGGUCUUUCCCUGAUGUCACCCCCAGUGGAUUCCUAUAGCUUCAAGCCCAGGAACAAGAUACUGGAACAGUCCACAUUGGGCUUCAGCACUCUUUUUUCCAAAGCAGGUUUUAAUCUCUGUGUUUAGAAAAGGAGUUUAAAAAACGUUAUCAGUCACCUAUAAAAUGGGAAGCUCCGAGGGAGUCUAGGAAGAGACCCCAUGCAUUUACAAAGCUUUAACACCUCAGGGUGCACAGUGCUCACCGCAGAGAACUUCAGGGUUCUGGAAAGUUGGACUUCUCUGCUCAAUGACUUCAGCCAGAAAAACAGCGGGUACUUUGAGCUUUGGACUUCAGGAUUCUUGUUAGUACACCAAAUACUGAGUUACAAGACUGAUUGAUUUUCUAUAUUUUUAACCUCUGUUUUUGUCUUGGAUGUUAAAAUAAAUGGUUUGGUGCUUUUAUCAAAAGAAAAAUCUCAAUGUUUUCCUUCUACACUGUUAAUAUAAGUGCCUCACAUGUUUUUCUGUCUACCUGUAACACAGUAGGGUGUGUAUUUUAUACAAAAUAUUCUUGAUCUUUUUUUGAAUUACUAUUCUUUCUGCGCACAAAUAUUACCGGCAUUUCUUAAAGCCCAUCCUUUUUUAUUAAUUCAGGCAUGUGUUUGCUGCACUACUUGUGCCCUUUCUUCAGAUGAAGGGCAAUGAUGACUGAGAGAUGACUAUUUAUUAUGUAAUAUACUUGCUUCUGGACUUUUGAUGUUUCUCUGUGCCUUAUGUUGCAAGAUUUGAAAAUAACAUGUUACCAAACUUAUUUAAUUAUUACGUAAAUGUUGAGACGGUAGCACUUACAUGUUAACAGUGUUUUCCGAGGCGUGGCAUUCUGAGAAUGCUACCGUUGGCUUUCACGGAAACCUCUGUAAAGAUAAGAAAAUGCCACCGUGUGAAAUGCUCAUGACAGCCGCACUCCCUAGGCUGCCCCGAAGGGAAGCGGAAUUUGUCUAGCUCCUUUGUUAAAUUAAGUAAAGCACUCAUUUCAUGACUUAUAAGUUGUCUUUAAAAGCUAUGUUGGGUCUGCAGUCCUUUUUGUUAUAUCGACUUUAUAAAUUUUCACUUCUUACACUAGUGAAAGGUAUUAGUUUUUCUCAUAUUUGAGGAGUGUUAAGGUUGAAGAUACCAUGUUUGGUGCAAGGUGUUUUAAUGAAUGAAAUGAAAUGGUGCAUUGUAUAAAUGUAACGAACAAAUAUUCUGUAAAAUAUUUUCAGUUUUCAUUGAAGACUAGUCCUUACCUCAUACGCAUAUUCUUCAGUGUAUCGUGUUAAGACAUCAAAUGAUGAACUGAGGCUUCUGAGCUGGUGUUGAGAUAAAGAUAAUUUGCUCGCCUCCAUGCAUUGUUUAUAUGGUGUAACCUUUGCUCCCAAUAUGACAGAUUCAUCCUGCUACCAAAUAACCCAACUGUUGUCAGUUGGGUUAAAGAAAAGAAAAAUGCUAAUGUCUGUCCUUGUUUUUGUCAUUUACUUAGCUAUAAUAAUAUAUAAGGACAUGGACCCAUUUUUCACGUAUUGUAUAAAAGUAUGAUGAGAUCCCAAACUUAGGUGUGCUAUUAAAAUCCAGCAGUGGUCCCCAGUCUCCAGGGCUCGACCUCUCUGGGGUCAGACAACUCUUUCACAGGCAUCGCCAAAGACCAUCAGAAAACACAGAUACUUGCAUUGUGAUUCAUAACAGGAGCAAGAUUACAGUUAUGAAGCAGCAAGGAAAAUAAAUUUAUGGAUUAAAAUAAAUAAAUUUAUGGUUGGGGAGGUCACCACAACAUGAGGAACUGAAUUAGGUCACAGAAUUAGGAAGGUUGAGAACCGCUAAAAUACAGGAGCUCUGAUUUUUUCCUUUAGAAAAUUAAUGCAUGUAAACAUGGCUUCAGGCAAAAAGUGAUGCCUCAAUUCUAUGCAUUUUCAGCCAAAUCUCUGAAUCUUAGGAUUAAGCAUUGACAAACAACCAUCUGAAACAUUUCACAAUUUGCUUCAAGCAUGGGCUAUCACUAAGGAUGUAGACCAGUGAUCUAGAUUAAUAUUCCAUUUUCAUGUUUAAAUUUUUUAUUAAAAGUUGUCAUAGAAACCAUUUUGUCAGUCUCUUCAACAUGUUAACAAACGGUCAGUUAAACAAUACUUUGGACAUUGUAAGCAUGGUGGCAUUUAAUUACACACUUAUAAAACGGAAAGUUGUCAAAGCAAUAUUGUGUAUGUUUACCCAUUUAAAAUAACUCAAACAUCUGAGAAUAAUAAAAUCCCAUUAAACUGAAUGAGCAUUUGUCUGUAUUGCUAAAUGCCAAACAGAAGGAGUGUUUAAAGCAGAGCUGGACUGAGGGGUUAAUGUCUCAGUGAAAUUCACACCUAAGGCUGUGUGGACGUGUGACUGGAGUUCCUACACACCCGAACACUUGCCAGUAUGCCAUUGUAUUAGCCUUUCAAUUGUCACUAUGCACAAGCUAUCUGGUUUCAGUGUGGAUAGAUUUUAGGUUUACAUGGCUUCAUUAUUGCUGACAUACGCUAUGCAUAGAUUGUUGUGUAAAGUAUGAUUUAUAAUGUCCUUAAAUGCCAAAGAAAGUGUAAACAGUGAUAUAUGAUAAUAAAAUAACCACCACGUA